AUGCUGAGUAAGCACAGUUGCUAUGGUGACACGCGGUUCGCUGAUUGGCUGGUUCAGUCUUGGAGGCUUCGUCUGUCACAACUUCCCUCCCAUACAUGGCUGCCCCACAGGCGUGUGACUCCCAGGCUCGGCCGAGCCCAGGCCAAGCCGGCACUUUCUUUGGGACCAGACAGCGCGUUUCAGAAUCACUUUUCUCGCCUGCUAAUCUGCGUUGGCCAUUCCGCGACCUUCGUCGCUGGCGUGCUCCGCGGCGUCAUUGGGUUCAUCGCCAGUCCACGAACGAGCGCGCGACCCCGCACUCCGUCUCCUCACCUCUCCCAUUGCCCCGCCGCGCACGGCUGGCUGAGUCGGGGGCGCGCGCGGCGCAGGAUGGACUCGCCCAUGGCGGCGGCCACGGGGCGGCAGAGAUCAUCUGCUGUUAAGAUGGUGCUGGCGGCGCUCUUUGUCGCGGUCUGCAUGUUCGUGCUCCAAUCUAGAGAUUCUACUCCCGUGCAGUUCCGCGUGCGCGAGGCGGGGGUGACGCACGUGCUGGUGACGGGCGGUGCGGGCUUCAUCGGCUCGCACGCGUCGCUGCACCUCCUCACGUCGGGCCACCGCGUCACCAUCGUCGACAACCUAUCGCGGGGCAACUGGGGCGCGGUGCAGGUGCUGCAGCGCAUAGCACCGGAGGGGCGACUGCAGUUCAUCAAUGCGGACCUGGGGGACCCCCGCAAGGUGGAGGCGGUGUUUGCGAGCAACGCCAUCGACGUGGUGAUGCACUUCGCUGCCGUUGCUUAUGUGGGCGAGAGCAUGCAGGAGCCGCUCAGGUACUACCACAACGUGACAGGCAACACACUGGCGCUGGUGGAGGCGAUGGUGCGGCACGGCGUGACUCAGCUGAUCUACAGCAGCACGUGCGCCACGUAUGGCGAGCCCAAGACCAUGCCCAUCACUGAGGACACCGUGCAGGCGCCCAUAAACCCGUACGGCAAGUCAAAGAAGAUGGCGGAGGACAUCAUUCUCGACUACGCGCGCACCAACCCAAGGCUCGCCGCCACCAUCCUCAGGUACUUCAACGUGAUCGGGUCGGACCCCAGUGGGCGCCUGGGGGAGGCGCCUCGCCCGGAGCUGAGGCACCACGGGCGCAUCACAGGGGCGUGCUUCGAUGCCGCCAUGGGCAAGAUUGACGGACUCAAGGUGAUGGGCACGGACUACCCCACGGCGGACGGCACGUGCAUCCGCGACUACAUCCACGUCACGGACCUCGUCAACGCGCACGUGGUGGCCAUGCACCACCUCACGCCCGGCACCGUCUCCAUCUACAACGUCGGCACCGGCAAAGGGUACUCGGUGCGGGAGUUCGUGAAUGCGUGUCUGAACGUGACGGGGGCGCCCAUAAAGGUGAUGGAGCAGAAGGCACGGCGGCCGGGCGACUACGCGGAGGUGUACAGCGACCCCAGCAAGAUCUACCGCGAGCUGGGCUGGAAGGCCAAGUACACGGACCUCAGGGAGUCGCUCGCCAUGGCCUGGCGCUGGCGCCGCCUGCACCCCGAUGGAUACUGA